AAGCAGAAGAAGUACUUUUGAUUUUUGGGUUUUGUUUACCAGAGAUCUUAGUUUACAACCUAAACAACCUUAAAUUUGAUAUAUACAAAUUAUAUUACAUUACAGUUGAAGUAAUGUUGAACAGUUCAUCUAUUUAACAAAGUAGCCCAGUUGUAUAAAAUUUUAUAAGACAUGGAUCAGAUUAAAUUGAAAAUUGACCAAGCUUGCAGAGUAGCUGAAGAAUUUACUAAACUUUAUUAUGAGACUGUGGACAAAAGACGACAUUUGAUAUCAAGAUUAUACCUGGAUACUGGAGUGUUGGCCUGGAAUGGUAAUGGUGUAACUGGUAAUGAAAAUAUACUGAAAUUCAUGAUAGAUUUGCCUGCAACAGAUCAUGUUAUAAAUACGCUAGAUGCUCAGCCGAUAUUAGAUUCAGCUGUUAAUGGACAAUUAACUUUCAUGAUUCAAGUAACCGGAUCGGUCAAGUAUCAAGAAAAGACCCCAAAAUCUUUUCAACAGAACUUUAUAGUGACUGCUCAAGGAGACAAGUGGAAAGUUGUGAGUGACUGCUUCAGGCUACAAGAACCUCUCAAUUCCCAAAAUAAAUGAUGUUAAGGAUAAGAUAGGACUAAUAAACAAAUAAAAGAUACUAUUCAAAUUUUA